CUCCUUUCCUGGAACCUGAUGGUUUACAGUCAUGCCGCGUGGCAACCAACAAAUGCACGGAAAGACAGCUUCUCUGAACAGUGCUGUGCCCUGCAAAGAGAAACCAGACAGAGUUGAGGAGCCCCCGGACUACAGUCCGCACUGGCCAGAAGGCUUGAAGGGUGAAGAGAUAAAGAAGUGUGGCCGAGAAGGGAUAACACUGAAUAAAUACAACCAGCAAUACCACAAGCUGUUUAAGGAUGUUCCCUUGGAGGAAGUGGUUCUCAAAGUGUGCUCCUGUGCCCUCCAGAGGGACCUCCUCCUCCAGGGCCGGCUCUACAUCUCCCCCAACUGGCUCUGCUUCCAUGCCAGCCUCUUUGGCAGGGAUAUCAAGGUGGUCAUUCCUGUGGUGUCUGUGCAAAUGAUCAAAAAACACAAGAUGGCACGGCUCCUUCCCAAUGGACUGGCCAUCACCACCAACACCAGCCAGAAGUAUAUCUUUGUGUCACUGCUCUCCCGGGACAGUGUAUAUGACCUGCUGAGGAGAGUCUGCACCCACCUACAGCCUUCCAGCAAGAAGAGUCUGAGUGUAAGAGAAUUUCCAGGGAAACCUGAGUCUCUGGAAGUCCUCAUCCCUGAGAUGAAGUGGAGAAAGGUAUGCCCUUCCUCCAGGUCCCUGUCUCUACCAGACAACAUCCCUUGUAUCCCUCCAGCAUCUGUGGACUCCACAGUCAGUUUCUUCCCCUCCAGGAAGCCUUCAAGGUCUGAAAAAUCAAGAACCCAAGUAGCUUCAGAAAACGGUGGGAAGUGGGCAUGGCCCAUGCCGGGCUGGGGUCCUGCCUGCCCUAAGAAGAUGCCAAACUGCUCUCCCACUGCAAAGAAUGCUGUCUAUGAGGAGGAUGAGCUGGAGGAGGAGCCCAGGAGCACUGGGGAGCUGACGCUGUGGGAUUACCGGCUCCUCAAGGUCUUCUUUGUGCUGAUCUGCUUCCUGGUCAUGUCCUCAUCCUAUCUGGCGUUCCGUAUUUCUCGGCUAGAGCAGCAGUUAUGCACCUUGAGUUGGAACAGCCCAGUCCCUGGGCACAGGUGA